AUGGCAAAAAAACUUUCAUCUCCGUUAUCCUUUCUACCGCUCUAUAAUUUGUUUUCUGCGGUCGGCUGGUCUUAUUUGCUCUACUUGGUCAUUUUUCUCUAUCCGAAGAUUGGCCAGCCAUCAUUCUUCUACCACACUAAGAACAUCGCUACCCUCAUCCAAUGCGGUGCUACAAUUGAGAUCGUAAACUCAUUGUUGGGAAUCGUACGCUCCCCAUUGCUGACCACUGUUGCCCAGGUGUCUUCAAGAUUAUUAGUUGUCUUGGGUAUCUUUCAAUUAUUGCCAAAUACCAGCGGAGUUCAAUCAAUUGUUUACAUAACAUUACUAUUGGCAUGGUCUAUAACCGAGAUUGUAAGAUACUUAUACUAUUUUUUCACGUUAGUGUUUGAAAAUGGCGCGCCAAAAAUCUUAAUCCUAUUGAGAUAUAAUUUAUUCUGGGUCCUAUAUCCUACAGGUGUUGCCAGCGAAUUACGCAUUAUUUAUUGCGCUCUGAAUGUAGCCGAAGCUCAGUAUUCCUUGCUUUACAAGAAAAUAUUGGUGGCUGCCAUGCUAGCGUAUAUUCCGGGCUUUCCAAUGUUAUUCUUACAUAUGGUAACACAAAGAAGGAAAGUCAUGAAAAGUUUGAAAUCUGCAUUCGGGAAGAAACUUAUCUGA